AUGUCAUCAGCAUAUAAUAAGCAGGGUGGGAACAUGAUACCGCGAGGGGCCACGAAGGGAGAUAGACGACCCGAGACCAUCGAGCUUUUAAGCAUGCGAGCUAGGACUUCCGGAGCGAUGCAAAAGAGGAGCGGCGAGAGCGUGCCCAGGAGGAAAGGCCAGCGGAGGUUUGAAGAUGCUCGACUUACAAGGAGAGGAAUCGACUACCUGCAACCAACAGGCAACGAAGCGAAAGCAGACCUGCUUCAGUCAGUCCUGUGCUUGACCAGGUACAUAGCGCGCUGCCCAAGCUCAUACCUUUGCUUGCUGCUUUCUUUCACAGAAGACUCUCUCUCCUUUAGCUCUCCACUCUCUCUCGACAGACAAGCGCUUUACCCUUUCUCCUUUGACUAUUUCAGACUACUCGCUUUUAGUGGACUAGUCGCUUUAGCAGGCAAGCAAGUUCUCUUCAGGGUGACUCUCUCUUUCAUUGAUAAGGGUUCAGGUCUUGGGAUAGUUGAAUUGGACUAUGGCUUCUGGGCCCUCGUAAGAUAA